UUUGUUUUUAAUCUCUCACACUCGGUCUCUCAUUUGUGGAGAUUUUGCAUUCUGAUUUUUGUCGGUGUGUUUUUCCUGUUCCUGAUUUCUUCUAUUAUUGGAUUAGAUUUUGGGAUAUGAAUGCCCGAAACAUGAGGCGAAUUUACACAAUUCUGUUUUUUGAGUUUUGAUAACUGUUUGUUUCGUGUCAGUAAUCGUACAUCUAUCAGCGAUUUGCUGAAACCGAAAGAAGCUACCAUCUGUUUUUUUUUAUUUAUUUAUGGUCUCACUGUUGCUUACUGUGCCUUUGCUUGAUUCCAUCUCUUCAGUCUAUAUCUUCUGUUACUGUCUGAGAUGGACAGGAGAAGUUGGCCCUGGAAGAAAAAAUCCUCUGACAAGUCUGGAGCUGAGAAAGUAGUUGCUACUUUAGAGACUGCUGCUGCUUCAGCUGGUUCUCAGGGUGAUCAGGAGAAUUACAAAAAACCAAACUAUGUUCAAAUCUCCAUGGAGUCGUAUUCACAUCUAACUGGAUUGGAGGAUCAAGUGAAGUCAUAUGAGGACCAAGUGAAGACUUAUGAGGAUCAAGUGAAGACUUUAGAAGAUGAAGUUCAGGAUUUGAACGAACAGCUAUCUGCAGCCCAUUCAGAGAUGACUAACAAGGACAACCUAGUGAAACAACAUACUAAAGUUGCUGAAGAAGCUGUCUCAGGUUGGGAAAAGGCUGAGGCAGAAGCUUUGGCACUGAAAAAUCAUCUAGAAUCUGUCACACUUUUGAAGCUUACUGCUGAAGAUCGAGCUUCGCAUUUAGAUGGUGCUUUAAAGGAGUGCAUGCGACAAAUACGAAAUUUAAAGGAAGAACAUGAACAGAGAUUGCAUGAAGUUGUUCUUACCAAAACAAAGCAGUGCGAUAAAAUAAAGCUUGAAUUCGAGGCAAAGAUAGCUAAUUUGGACCAAGAACUCCUCAGGUCUGCAGCAGAAAAUGCUGCACUUUCAAGGUCAUUGCAGGAGCGUUCUAACAUGCUGAUUAAGAUAAGUGAAGAAAAAUCACAAGCAGAGGCCGAGAUUGAAUUAUUGAAGAGCAAUAUUGAAUCAUGUGAGAGAGAAAUAAAUUCACUUAAGUACGAACACCAUAUAGCUGCAAAAGAGCUAGAAAUCCGCAAUGAGGAAAAGAAUAUGAGUGUAAGAUCUGCAGAAGUAGCCAACAAGCAGCAUUUGGAAGGAGUAAAGAAAAUAGCUAAGCUGGAAGCAGAGUGCCAAAGAUUGCGUGGUCUUGUUCGAAAGAAGUUGCCUGGUCCUGCAGCACUGGCCCAAAUGAAGUUAGAAGUUGAGAGCUUAGGCCGGGAUUACGGAGACACUCGAUUAAGGAAGUCUCCUGUAAAGCCUCCUAGUCCACACCCAUCCCAAUUGCCUGAAUUUUCCUUUGACAGCGUACAAAAAUUCUAUAAAGAGAAUGAGUUUCUCACAGAACGUCUAUUGGCAAUGGAAGAAGAAACGAAGAUGUUGAAAGAAGCUUUGGCAAAGCGCAACAGUGAAUUGCAAGCUUCCAGAAGUAUUUGUGCUAAGACAGUUAGCAAGCUUCAAAGUUUAGAAACACUUCAAGCUAAUAAUCAGCAGAAAAAUCCGUCAAAAUCUAAUGUCCACAUCCCCACUGAAGGUUCCUUAAGUCAAAAUGCUAGCAGUCCACCUAGCUUUACCUCCAUGUCUGAAGAUGGAAAUGAUGAUGAUGGAAGUUGUGCUGGUUCUUGGGCUACAGCAUUGAUCUCUGAGCUCUCCCAUUUCAAGAAGGAUAAGAAUGUUGAGAAGCCUAACAAGGCUGAAGGUACAAAUCACCUGCAGCUUAUGGAUGACUUCCUGGAGAUGGAGAAAUUGGCAAAUUUAUCAAAUGAUUCAAAUGGAGCCAUCUCUGGUUCUGAUGUUUCAAAUAAUAAUAUUUCAGAAAUCACCAACCGAGAUACUUCAGAAGAAGUGAUACCUGAUUCAGAUUUCCACUCUAAAGAACAGCCUGAGUUGGAUUCGUUGGCAAAUCAGGUGCCUUCUAAUCUGGAAUUGUCAGUAAUGGAUCCACAAUCUGAUGCUGAUUCACUACCCUUGACAAAGCUUCGAUCAAGAAUCUCUACAUUGUUUGAGUGUAUGUCUAAGGACUCUGACAUGGAAAAGAUUUUGGAUGACAUCAGACUUGUUGUGCAGGAAACACAUGAUAGUCUGCAUCAGCACUCCAUGGGUUGUGUUUUGGAAGAAAGUCACAGUUCUGAUGCCACAUGUGAUAGACAGGCCUGUCCUGAGGGGUCUGAAGAACCGGUAGCGAAGGAAAUCUCUAUGUCCAAAGAUUGUAAGCCAGAUGGAGCAACAGUACAUACCAUUAGCGAAGAAUUGGCAGCUGCCGUAUCUCAGAUUCAUGACUUUGUCUUGAAUCUGGAGAAAGAAGCUAUGUCUAUCCAGGGCUCAUCUCCUGAUGGUGAUGGAUUGAGCCAAAAAAUCCAGGAGUUCUCUGCCACCUUUGAUAGGGUUAUUCACAGCAAAACAAGUUUGCUUGAUUAUGUUCUUGAUCUUUCACAUGUUUUAAACAAAGCCAGUGAACUUCACUUUAAUAAUGUCCUGGGCUUCAAUAGUAAUGAAGUAGAAACCAAUAGUUGUGACUGCAUCGACAAGGUUGCUUUACCUGAGAAUAAGGUGGUUCAGGACACAUUGGGAGAGAUAUAUCCAAAUGGUUGUGCUCACUUUUCUGAUUCCACUUCUGAUCUCGAUAUUCCCCAUGAAGGAAGUUUCAUCCCAAGCUUCGGAUCAAAUGCCACAUCAUGGAAAUGCUCACUUGAGGAGUUUGAACAAUUAAAACUAGAAAAAGAUAGCAUGGUUUUGGAUCUGGCUAGAUGUACUGAAAAUCUGGAAAACACUAAAAGUCAGCUUCAGGAAACAGAGCAGCUUCUGGCAGAAGUCAAAUCACAAUUAACAUCUUCUCAAAAGUUGAACAGCUUGGCUGAGACACAGCUGAAAUGUAUGGCUGAGUCAUACAAGUCUCUUGAAACACGUGCGGAGGAAUUUCAAACUGAAGUGAAUCUGCUGCGAGCGAAAACAGAAAGUUUAGAUAAUGAGCUUAAAGAGGAAAGGAGGAACCAUCAGGAUGCUGUGGCCAAAUGCAAGGAUCUCCAAAAGCAAUUGCAAAGGAAUGAGAGCUUUGCAACAGCUGAUAUUGACGCCAAGACUAACCAGGAGAAGGAGCUAUCUGCUGCAGCAGAGAAGCUAGCAGAGUGUCAAGAAACCAUAUUUCUUCUUGGCAAGCAACUGAAAGGUUUGCGUCCUCAGACCGAACGUAUGGGGUCUCCAUACAGCGAGAGGACUCAGAGGAGCAGUGAUGGCUUUACUGAAGAAGAACCAACUACCAGUGGCAUGAAUUUGCAGGAUCUUGAUCAGACCGAGAUGGAUAGUCCCUCCUCUCCCAAUUUGCAGAGAGUAGGUAGUGAAUCCCCAAUGGAUCAUUACAACGCCCCGUGCAGCCCUUCUGACACCGAAGCAAAUAAUGCUCUUUUGAGAUCACCAGUCAGUUCGAAGCAUGCAAAAGAUCGACCUUCCAAGUCUUCUGGAACUACUCCGGAGAAAAAUUCACGUGGAUUUAGCAGAUUCUUUUCCUCCAAAGGGAAAAAUGGCUAUUAGGCUUGUACCUCACAGGCUUAAUAGGCAGAGUUCUGUUGGUGUUGGUCUGAAUCAUCUCCAACUUGGCCGGUUUUUUAUUUCUAGAAUGUUGUUCUCAAACCAGGUCGAAUUCAAGGAUUGAGUUUUGCUGGUGCAUGAGAUGGGUCAUCGUUGUACAUGCAUAAAAGGCCAUCUCCAUUAAGCCACUUUUUGUGAAGAAACUGUGUUUGUAUUUCAUAUUUUUGGAGACUUUUCGAUCGUUCAUGAAUCACAAUCACAUGGCUCUUAAGAGGUUCAAACCCAGAAGCUUAUUUUGCAAUUUGUCCCUCUGAGAGAAUUGUUUGUGAUCAAACUUGAGGUAGUUUUUGUAUGAAAUUGCUGUACAUGAUGAUGAUGAGGAUCUCCAGUGGUUUAUUUGUUUGCCUGAACAUAACUCAGUUUUUUUCUGUAAAAACUUUCAUAAAAUAUAAAUAAUUUGUUACUUUCUGUUUUUUAA